UACUUCCAUUGCAGAUCUGAACUUGUUCCUUCAGGGUAGCAGUUUGGAAAAUAGUCUCGGUGAAAGAGAACAGUUGUGGAUGAUUACCUUGCCUGUGGAGUCCUGUAUUUUUCUGCACCCUAAUCUUCAGUUCAAAGCUGAAAAUACAUUUGUUUCUGCUUUAAGGAAUCCUGAGAACAAGCGCAAGAAUUUACCCCGCUUUGUUUAGAGUAAGCAACGCCCUUUCCCUGGAUGAUCCCAGCUGAAAUGGAACAGGACUUUUACUGUUGAGAGUCAUCAUGUCCAGAGAGGAGGUGACAGCAAAACUUCAAGAAGAGCUUUCUUGCUCCAUCUGCUUGGAUUGCUUCAGGGACCCGGUUUCAAUACACUGUGGCCACAACUUUUGCCGAUCUUGCAUCGUCACGUACUGGGAUGUGGGGAAGAAAAAAUCCUUCUCCUGCCCUGAGUGCAGAGAAACUAGCCGGAAGAAAAUCCUUCACCCCAGUAGGGAGCUGAAGAACAUUGCUGAAAUAGUCCCAAAGCUGGCGAGUAAGGGAAUGAGGGAGAGAGUGUGCGAGAGGCACCAAGAGCCCCUGAAACUCUUCUGUAAAGAUGAUCAUACUCCCAUCUGUGUGGUGUGUGACAAAUCAAAAGAGCACCAGGGCCACAUGGUGCUUCCCAUGGAAGAGGCCACGCAGGAUUACAUGGAAAAAAUGCAGGUUCAGAUGAAGACAGUGAAACAAGAGAAAGAAAAGCUUCUUGGAUUUAUAGCAAUGGGUGCCACAAGGCGCAAGGAAUCUCUGAAAACAAUAAACUCAGAGAUGAAGAAAAUGGCGUCUGCCUUCAAGCAGGCCCAUCAAUUUCUCGACGAACAGUUGCAAUUGCUGCAAGUCCAGUGGACAUCCCUCCAAGCAGCAGUGGAGAAAGGGCAGGAAGAACAUGCCACUCGGCUUUCAGAGGACAUUUCCCAGCUGGACAGCCUCAUUGCAGAGGCAGAAAGAAGAUGGCAGCAGCCAGAGACGAAGUUUUUACAAGAGGUGAACUUCACAUUGACAAGAGUCAAGAAAAGGAAGUUUCAUGAGUCGGUGGAGAUUUUUCCUGAACUGGAAGAAAGGCUUGAUUCUUUGAUUAGACAAAACGUUGCCAUUGCACAGUCUCUGCAGAAAUUUGAAGAUACUCUGCCUUCAGAACUGGAGAAUUGUCAGCGGGACUUUCGAGCGCAUCUUCAAACAGCAAGAGGUGCUCCACCUUUUGAAGUGGAGGAAGAAGAAUCCAGAUCGCUCACUGCAAAAAGAAAAAAGGACAAGAAUGUUAUUGUCCCAGCUAGAAAUAUAAAUUCACCACAAUACCAGAGAACAGCUGAGGGCUCUGUGAAACCUUUUGACUUUGACUUGUGCAGCGGAAUACCCUCCACGCCUCCUUCACAGCCUGGUAAAAAACAUUCAGGGCGUGACGAGAGAACCAGAGAGAACCAGCAUCUGGCAAGGAUUGUAGACAUUGUCAAAUGCCUGAAUCUCGAUACCCUGGAAGACGGUGGUAGGAUGUGUGAGAAACACUCAGAACUUCUCAAAGUCUUCUGUAAAGAUGAUCAAAUCCCCAUCUGCCUGGUGUGUGAUCUAUCCAAGGAGCACCGACAUCACACUGUGAUUCCUAUAGAGGAAGCAGCUCAGGAUUACAAGGAACAAUUUCAGAUGGAACUAAAGACUUGGAAGCAAAUGAGAGAAACUCUCCAGGCACUGAAGCUGGCAGAAGAGGGACGAAGCUGGAAAUCUCUGGAAAAGUUAGGUAAUGAAGGGAAGAACAUUGUGUCUGAAUUUGAGCAGCUCCAUCAGUUUCUAGACGAUCAAGAAGAACUGUUGCUGGCUAGGCUGGAACAGCUUGAGAAGGAUGUGCUAAAGGAGGAGAAGACAAUCACUUCCAGGCUCUCAGAGGAGAUUUCCAACCUUAGUGACCUCCUCAGUGAGAUAGAAGAGAAGUAUAAGCAGCCAGUGAGUGAAUUCCUCCAGGAUCUCAAAAGCACCUUAAACAGAUGUGAAAAACAGAAGAGCCAGCAGACAGUGGAGCAUUCUCCUGAUCUGGAGAAGAGACUGGAUACCUUUUCUGAGAAAAGCAUGCAUCUUAAAGAGAUCCUAAGGAAAUUCAAAGCUUCUCUCUCAAUUGAGCUGGAAAGCACAUCUUUGCUCAAAGAGGAACCGGGAGUCAGGAAAGGCAGGAUGAGGUUGUUUGAGUUGCCUUAUGCUGAGGUGGAGAAAAGAGGCAGAAGAGUGAACGUGACUCUGGAUCCAGAUACUGCGAACCCGUUCCUCGUCCUCUCAGCAGAUCAGAAGAGUGUGAGACUGGGAGACAUAUGGCAGGAUGUACCUGAAAAUCCGGAGAGAUUUGACACUUAUCCCUGUGUGCUGGGCUGCGAGGGACUCACGUCAGGGAGACACUACUGGGAGGUGGAAGUGGGAAGUGGGAGGUACUGGGCUGUUGGCUUUGCCAAAGAAUCUGUCAACAGGAAAGGAGAGAUCUCCCCUAGCCCCGAGGAGCAGAUCUGGGCUCUGCAACAAUUUGGGGAUCGCCUUGAGGCUUUAACUUGUCCGGUGACCAUCCUGCCCUUGUGCCGCUGCCUCAGGAGAGUUCAGGUAUUUCUCGACUACGAAGAAGAUCGAGUGGCAUUUUUUGAUGCUGAUACGUCAGCUUUGAUCUACAUUUUUUCACCCGCCAUUUUCAGUCAGGAGAGGAUCUUCCCUUGGCUUUGGGUAUGGCCAGGAGCUGAGCUGAGACUGUACCAAUGAGAUUUUCUCCCGGUGUAUUGAACUAAUUGCAGUGAGACUGAAUAAUAUACACACAAAAAAGACUUGUCUGGUCUUGGACGAUUGUAGUUUCUAUGAUAUUGGAAGAAUGGUGUUACAGGCUAUGUGCUGCUUGCAAGCAGUUAUGUUGUCUAAGCUAAGGCAGGGUUGAUACCAUGUUGUGAAAUCAAUCUGAAAUCCUUUUAAGGAAAAAAAUUCUGUGCCAAAAUUCUGCUAAUAAAUUGUGUUAUGUAAAUCAGUGGUAAAUUAAACUGUAUGAUAAUUUUAAGGAUGGACAUUUUGACAACAUUUAGCUCUUUUU